AUGAACAUGGCCAACAUCAGCAGUGUGAAGGAGUUCAUUCUUCUGGGCCUCUCCGUGAGCCAAGGGGUGCAGAAAAUGUGUUUUGCGAUGUUUCUGUUCUUCUACCUGAUGAUUGUGGCAGGAAACCUGCUGAUUGUGAGCACUGUAGUGAGCAGCCAGCGCCUGAACUCCCCCCUGUAUUUCUUCCUGGGCUACCUGUCCUUCAUAGAUAUCUGCUACUCUUCCGUCACAGCCCCCAAGAUGAUCGCCGACCUCCUCGCUGAAAACAAAACCAUCUCCUUCGUGGGCUGCAUAGCACAGCUCUUUGGGGUGCAUUUCUUUGGCUGCACAGAGAUCUUCCUCCUCACGGUGAUGGCCUACGACCGCUACGUGGCCAUCUGCAGGCCCCUGCACUACACCACCCUCAUGACCAGGCGCGUGUGCGGCCGGCUGGUGGUCGGCUCGUGGGUAGGAGGCUUCCUGCACUCCCUAGCUCAGACUCUGCUGACCACUCGGCUCCCCUUCUGUGGCCCUAACAAAAUCGACCACUACUUCUGCGACGUCCACCCCCUGCUGCAGCUGGCCUGCACCGACACCUACGCCGUGGGCGUCGUGGUGGUGGCCAACAGCGGGAUGAUCACUCUGACUUGUUUCCUCAUCCUGGUCACGUCCUACGCGGUCAUCCUGGCUUCCUUGAGAAGUCAAACCUCUGAAGGGUGGCACAAGGCCCUCUCCACCUGUGGGUCCCACAUCACCGUGGUGGUCCUGUUCUUUGGGCCGUGCACCUUCAUCUACAUCCGUCCCUCCAGCAAUCUGUCGGAGGACAAGAGCGUGGCAGUGUUCUACACCAUCAUCACCCCCAUGCUGAACCCGCUCAUCUACACGCUGAGAAACGAGGAGGUGAAGAGUGCCAUGAGAAAGCUCUGGUGCAGAGAAGUGGGAAGUGAGCACAAAAAGGUGUAG